AUGGCAGGAUACACGAACGGUGGCACGGUGGAAAUGACCAAAAGAAACCUGAAAUCGAAAUACACAGUCGGGAAUCUAAACAUCACUGGCGAAGCAGUGACGACACGGUUUUGGGAUUGCUGCAAGCCGUCUUGUGGAUGGGACGGAAAAGCCGAUUUUCUGGCCCCAGUGCAAACUUGUAACAAAGACGACAAACCGACCAGCAAAAAGGCAGGGACGGGCUGCAAUGGAGGAGAUGGCUAUCUCUGCUCUGAUCAACAUCCGUGGGCUGUGAACGACACCUUCUCCUAUGGAUUCGCAGGCGUGUUUUUGAAGAACCAUCCGGAAACCGAAGCCUUCUGGUGUUGUUCUUGCUAUCGAUUGACUUUCAACGACGACAAUUUGAGGAACAAGAGUAUGAUUGUACAGGCAUCCAACACUGCUUUUGAUGUCACAUCAGACAAUCGCUUCUCACUGGCAAUGCCUGGAGGAAACACUACUUCAAUGGAUGGUUGCACAAGACAAUACGAGCUCGAUCCGCAAGUAUUUGGUGUUACAGGUUCCGGCGUCAGUAAAGCAGAAGACUGCGAAAACCUGCCUGAAAGCUUGCGAGACAGCUGUCGCUGGAGAUUUGACUGGUUCAAGGAUGUGUACAAUCCAAACGUAUCUUUUGAACGCGUUGUAUGCCCCAAAGAAUUGACCGACAUUACGGGUUGUGUACGAAAAGACGACCAAACCCUCGCUGCUGGAAGCACUGCUCCUAGUCUGGCGCCCAUCGUCUUGCCAGCCUCCUCUGUUGUCGCCUUUCUCGCUGCAAUCGUCGCCGGGCUGCUUGUGGUAUAGGAUCAAUGAAAGCGCUGCAUGUCACCAGUACCGUCCUCCAAUCAUGUGCGUGCAGGGCGUCCGUUGCCCCGGGCCCCCAGCUCAUCCACUCGUUCACCUACAACCUACCUCGUUACCUUGGAUCUACCUCGUACCUUCGCUGUGCUCUCCUUCCAUGGCCCCGCAGGUGUCAGGUGAUGUGGACAACCAUUUCGCUCUCAUGCAUGGAUACCCUACCCUUAACAUCCGCUUAUUAUUCUGACCGAUGUGUCUAAAAAUCUUCCUUCUCCGGAUGAAACCAUACCGGAACACGAACUACGCACUAACGAAUUUGCUCUUGGACGACAUCGUCUUCGCCAUGGCACUU